GCCUUAUUCAUUAUUCACGAUUGUCAUUCCCUAGCUUCAACAUACUUGCUUUGCCUCCAACUCCAACAUGGCUGUUGAAUUGGUUGCUGGUGCUUUGCUCUCUGCUUCACUUCAAGUUCUGUUUGAGCGAUUGGCCUCUGAGGAGAUACCCCAGCUGUUCCAAGGAAAGAAAUCCAUUCUCAAGCUGUUAGACAAGCUGAACACUAGGAUGUUAUCAGCUAAUGUUCUGCUCAAUGAUGCUGAGGAGAAGCAACUUCGAAAUGACAAUGUCAAGAAGUGGCUGUUCAAGCUUCAAGAUGUCAUCUUUGAAGCCGACGACUUGGUGGACAGAAUUGACUAUGAAGCUCUGCGAUCCAAGCUUGAAGAUGAUCAAUCCAGCGGCGGCGCAAGCAAGGUAUUUCACCAACUGAAAUCUAUGUCGCCUUUCUUGUCCACAUUUGAUAAAACUGUACAACAUGAUGUCAUUGAGAUCCUUGAUAAACUAGAUGAUCUUCUUGAUCAAAAGGAUGCUCUUGGCUUGAGAGAAGUUGCUGAAAACGCACCUUCAAAAAGGCCACCUGCUCCUUUAGUGGAACAAUCUGAUGUUUAUGGGAGGGAUACUGAAAAAGAAAUCAUUGUUGAUUUGUUGCUGAAAGACGAUGUUGAUGGUGGUACUAAGAUUUCUGUCAUCCCGAUUGUUGGGAUGGGUGGUCUUGGCAAAACCACUCUUGCUCAACUUGUUUAUGAUGAUGAUCGAGUUAGAAAACAUUUUGACCUGAAAGUAUGGGUUACUGUGUCGGAUGAGUUUGAUAUUUCAAAGAUAACAAAAGAAAUCUUUGAGGGAGUCACUUCCAGCAAAUGUGAUAUCGAGAACUCUGAAGAACUUCGAAGAAAAUUGAAGGAAGCACUGCAGGGGAAGAAAUUUUUGUUUGUUCAUGAUGAUGUUUGGAACGAGUCUUAUACUUUGUGGGACACUUUGAAGAGCUAUUUUGAUUAUGGAGCAAAUGGAAGUAAAAUUAUUGUGACUACCCGAAGCACAAUCGUUGCCUCUACUAUGACCACUGGGCAUACUCAUCAUCUUCAAACUUUAUCGAGUGAAGAUUGUUGGAAUUUAUUUGUUAAACAUGCUUUCGGAACUAGUGUUGACAUCAAUGACUUCCCAGAUUUGCAAGAACUUGGCAAGAAAAUAGUGGGCAAGUGCAAAGGUCUUCCCUUAGCAAUAAAAUCUCUUGGUGGACUAUUGCGCUCUGAACGAAAUACUAAAAAAUGGGAAGACAUACUUAACAGUGACACGUGGGAGGAGUUAUACAAGAAGGAGGAUUCCAUUCUUCCUGCUUUAUGGUUGAGCUAUCGCCACUUACCUGGACAUCUCAAGCAAUGUUUUGCGUACUGUUCUAUAUUUCCCAAAGAUUAUGAAAUUGAUAGAGAAAACUUGAUUUUGUUGUGGAUGGCAGAAGGAUUUUUGCCACAUGAUAAAAAAUGUAAAAGAAUUGAGGAAUAUGGAGAGGAAUACCUUCAAGAUCUCAUGUCAAGGUCAUUCUUUCAACGAUCUAGUAAAGGAAACUCAUUUCUCCAAAGAUCUAGUAAAAGAAACUCAUUUCUCCAAAUGCAUGACCUAAUACAUGAUUUAGCUAUGUUUGUAUCAGAUAAUUUUUGUUUUAGGUUGGAUUUGAGUAAUGAUUUACUUAGAUUUGGAACAAGGACCCGUCAUUUGUCAUAUGUGAUAGAGAAAUACGACAUCAACAAAGUUAAGGGCUUGUAUAAAGCCAAGAGCUUGCGUACCAUUCUAGCCUUGUCAUUCCAAUAUCGAAUAUUGAUGAAUGUGAACUUAGUCUCUCAUGAUAUGUUGGUCGCUCCAGGGAUUUGUUUAAGAGUACUUUCUUUUAAGGAGCUGCUCGCUGCAGGGAGUUGUUUAAGAGUACUUUCUUUAAAUAACUCUUCUAUUAAGGAGCUGCCUAAUUCAAUUAGUAAUCUUAAGCAUUUGAGGUACUUGGACUUGUCUUACAGUAAAAUUAAAGAACUACCUGAAUCAGUUUGUACUUUGUACAAUUUACAGACUUUAUUGUUAUUGAAUUGUAGAAGGCUUUGUCAAUUACCAAAGAAGAUGGGAAGCUUAAUCAACUUGCGAUAUCUAGAGAUUGGUGGUGUACGUCUAAAAGAGUUUCCCCAUGAAAUUAGUAAUAUGAAGCACUUGUAUUUUUUAUCCGAUGUUGUUUUGAGCGAUAGAAAUAGUGGAGGAUUUAAAAUGAAAAGGGUAGCAGAGCUUGAGAAUUUACGGCGCAUUUCGGGGUUGGAAAAUAUUAGCGAUGCAAGAGAAGCUUUAGAGGCUAAUUUGAAGGCUAAGAAAGGUCUUUCAAUAUUGACUUUGAGCUGGAAUGGUAAUGCUGGCGUGGCUGAUAGUUCGCAAAAAGAAAAGGAUAUACUUGAUGCACUUGAACCCCAUGCAAAGUUAGAGCAUCUUGGUAUUGAAAAUUACAGAGGUACAACAUUCUCGGACUGGAUUGUAGACUCUGCAUUUGUUAAUUUAGUAUCAAUCAGCAUUGUCAAUUGUAAGAAUUGUUGUAUUUUACCCCCACUUGGAGAGCUAGCAUUUCUCAAAAAACUUAAAAUUAAAGGAUGUGAUAGUGUUAUCUCAAUAGGUGAUGAGAUUCCUCAUCACAAUGGUCCUCUAUUCAGUUGUCUAGAAGAGUUGCGGAUUUCCAAUAUGUUGGAGUGGAAAGAUUGGUCAUUUAGUAGUGAAGCUAUGCUACAAGGUCAAAUAUUCCCUCUUCUUACAACACUUGACCUGUUAGAUUGUCCAAAGCUUAAUGUUGCCUUACCUGGUUAUCUUCCAUCCUUGAAAGAUGUCUCUAUACGUGGUUGUGAACAAAUGGUGGUUUGGCUCCCGAGAACUCAACAGACUGUCACAGCCCCUCUCUCUCUUCUACAUGUAUAUAUAGACAAUUGGCCAUUGUUGGAAUCUCUUCUAGACUUGGGAUCACACUCGAAAGUAAGGCAUCUUCAAUUGGGGUAUUCUAAAAGGCUCUUUGAGAACCAUAAGCAGUUGGAUCUGCAUAGACUCUCAUGUUUAGAAUUCUUAACUAUGAGAGGAGGUUGGAAAGAUUAUUCCUUUCCCGACGUGGGGUUGCUUCCGACCACUCUGACUCGUCUUCACAUUUCGGAGUAUCAUAACCUUGAAACCCUAAACGGCAAGGCCCUUCAACAACUUACCUCCCUUAAAUCAUUGAAUAUUCAUCGUUGUGAAAGGCUGCGGUGCUUGCCAGAAGAAGGGCUGCCCACUUCACUUUCUCGUUUGUCGAUCAGUGGGUGUCCUUUGGUAAAGCAACGCUGUGAGAAAGGAGGAGAAGAUUGGCCUAAGAUUCAGCACAUCACAGAAGUGAUAUUGCGUGAAUUGGAUGACUAAACGUAUCAAUAAAAUGCUGCAAUGAUCUGUCUAGAUCGAAGCCAAAAUGUUUCUAAAAAGAUUGGAGCUCAUUCUUCAACAUAUCAAAAUAUAGGAAAAAUUGAGGGCUGAACUGAAAACGUUGUUCCGGUGAUACAAAUCAAAGAAAAAGACUGAAGAUCCUCAAAUGAAUACCUCUCAAUCAAAUCAGCACUUGCUUUGAAAUUCUGUUUUAAUCUGUGGCAACAACAAGCUUCUGGAAUUGGCAUUUGGAAAGCAGAUCUUCAUUACAGACACAAGAUUUUAUUGUGGUUCUUGACAAUUUAGCAAGAAGCAACAAUGAGAUAAGGUCAUAGCAGCUUCUUUUUCUACUCUGUAGUGUCUGCUGGUUGGGAUUAUUGCACCGCUUGAUCAACUUUGAAAUAUUUCACCUUGCAUGGUGAAAGUGUCUCUUUGUUUAUUGGUUUGUUUGCUCUAAUUUUCUAUCAUUGAAUAUUUUGUGUCCCUCACAGUUGAUCAAGCGGGACAUUGAGAUUUGUAAUUAUAAACCUAAAUAUAUGGCUAUGAGACUUGUAUAUAAUGUUCAAUGAAGUCUCAUUUCACUAUGCAAAACUUUCUAUAAUUUCAAAUCUGUCAUUAUAUUCCUGCAUUGAUGAUGGUAGCCCAGAGAAUGAAGAGUGUUAUGAAGACUAUAUAAAAAUGUGUAAUAAUACAUAGUUCAAAAGAACUUUCCCUAUUUCCAGUGUUGAAGUCUUCUUUCAUUCUUUCUG